GCAGUUGUGUGCUGUACUGGAAUCACUGCUUGUUAAGCUGGUGUUUUUGUGAUCUGGCAGUCAGCAGUGAUACACUACAUCCGCUGCCAUGUGGGUCCUUCUACUGCUACUUGUGCCUCUGAGUCUCCUGUAUAGGUGGUACAAGGGCAGACAUAUUUUGGACAAUCUAACUGAUAAAUAUGUGUUGAUCACUGGCUGUGACUCUGGAUUUGGGAACCUGUUAGCAAGAAAGCUGGAUAGACGUGGGAUACAUGUGCUGGCAGCCUGUCUGACCGAUAGAGGGGCUGAAGAACUAAAAAAGCAGACAUCAAGCGGGCUACAGACAAUUCUCCUGGAUGUAACUGACAGCAAGAGUGUGAAAUCUGCAGAAAAGUGGGCUAGCCAGAUUGUUGGAGAUAAAGGGCUCUGGGGCUUAGUGAACAAUGCAGGAAUUAGUUUUCCUUGUGCUCCAAAUGAAUGGUUAACCAAAGAAGAUUUUAUAAAGAUCAUGAAUGUAAACCUGUUAGGCCUUGUUGAUGUGACAAUCAAUAUGUUGCACCUUAUCAGGAAAGCCCGAGGGCGUGUGGUAAAUAUAGCCAGCGUGGCAGGUAGAAUAACUUUCUCUGGAGGGGGAUAUUGCAUGUCCAAAUACGGAGUGGAAUCUUUCUCUGAUAGUCUCAGGCGUGAGAUGAGGCCGUUCGGUGUAAAGGUGUCUAUAGUGGAACCAGGCUUUUUUAAAACACAAAUAACAAACACAGAUUUAGUAAAUCAAAGUUUAGAAAAGGCCUGGAACAACACCACUGAGGAAAUCCGCCAAAGCUAUGGACAGGAAUACUUUGAAAAAUCGUGCAAGGCAUCUGAGACGAUUGUUCCAUUGUGCAAAGGGGAUCUUUCAUUGGUGACCGACUGCUUGGAGCAUGCCCUCACUGCGAUACAUCCUCGGACACGUUAUUCUGCUGGCUGGGAUGCAAAGCUGCUCUUCUUGCCUCUUUCCUAUUUCCCUACAUCACUAGUAGACUUUCUGUUUGGUAUUGAUAAUCCUAAACCAGCCCAAGGAGUAUGACUGCUAAAGUACUUCAUUGUAAAGAUUAGGUCAUGGAAAGCAGGUCUUUUGCAGUAAAAUGUUAGUUUCCAGAAUUGCAUGUAUUAUAAUAAACAUCACAA